UGUGCACAAACACAAAACUUCACUGCAUGUGCACCAGCAUCACACCCAGCAGAGUUAUUUCUCGAUUUUAAGCCAUAAUAUCAGAUGGCAUUGAUUCCACCAGGAAAGACUCCUAUCAGCUUUCUCCAGGAGAUAAGCACUAAAAGGGGGAUAACUCCGCAGUAUGACUUGUUGGCCAAUGAAGGAGCAGUUCAUGAGCCUGUGUUUAUAAUGAGGGUCACUGUCGGUGAUGUAAUUGCCACUGGUAAAGGAACAAGUAAGAAGAAGGCAAAGCAUGGCGCCGCCCUGGCAGCUCUCCAGCAGAUUCUAGGGCUUGGAGAGGGUCAGCCCACAGAACAGGUGCCCUCAGAGCCAGGGCAACAGUCUGGGAACAUGAUAGAUGUGGAUGAUGCUGGCAAUCCUGUGGGAGAACUACAGGAAUUCACUCAGAAGAAACUCAUCAAACCACCGGUCUAUGAGUUUGGCAAUGAGCAAGGUCCUCCCCACAACAGGGAGUUUGUGUGUACUGUCAAACUGGGAAAAUUUACAGAGAAAGGAACUGGAAGAUCCAAGAAGACAGCAAAGAGAGCAGCAGCAAGUGCCAUGUUGGUUCACAUCAAGAAUAUCACACAAGAUGGGGAUGACAACACAAAGAUUGAGGACUCGGAGGAGGAAGAUGAAAUUCCUUUGAAUGCAUCUGAGCUUCGUGCAUCUUACACUGCUUUGAAAGAAGGCAAGACCAAAGUACCCAUUCCAAGUCCCCAACAGAACAAGGAAAUCCAGCAGUUUUAUCAGAAAAUUAAAAAUAACAACAAAAUUAAAAACAGCAAACUGACAGCCCCCGCUACCAACUACUGCCAAAUGCUGCAAGAAAUAUCAGAGGUGCAGCGAUUCGAGGUUAGCUAUAUGGACAUAGCGGAAAUAAGUUCAAAAGGUCAGAGACAAUGCCUCGUUCAGUUAUCUACAAUGCCAGUGGCGGUCUGUCAUGGUACGGGUCAGACGGUGGACGAGGCACAUGCCCACGCGGCCCAUAAUGCAUUGCAAUACCUAAAACUAAUGACAAAGGUGUAAUAAUGGCUCCCAGGAGGUAUCAUAGCUUCACUGUGUUCACAUGGUUUCCAUGGUUACCCGCUGUCCCCAUCUUUAACAAUUUUUUCUUGCUUUAAUUUUCUCCUUGUUAAGAUUGUAAUUUUUAAAUGAUAUAAUCUUAUUCUUUAUACUAUUAUAAUUUUUUUAUGCCAAAGAUGUAUAAAUUUUUUGUAAAAUAAAAUUUUAAAUAAGGUGAUAAAUUCAUGUGAAAUUCAAAUUCAAGAUUUGAAACAUUAACUCGCAAUUUAUAUUUUAAGGCAUGUGAAGACAUUUUUAAUGAAUUAUUGCUACAUAGAAUUUUUGCCCAUGUAUGUUAUUUUUAUAAUUAAUGUAUUUGUAAAGGUUUGAGAUUUGGAUAGUGAGUUGAAUCAUGGAUUUUUGUGCCAUUGUACAUUUUGUGAAGUUAUUCUAUAGCCUGGGUGUAUUAUAUAUUAUUAAUAGACUUAUUAAUUAGUAAUGCAAUGGUUUUUAUUUACAUUUAAUUAUGGUACCUUAUCAUUAUAAAUUCAACUUUUAGGAUGAAAAAAAAUUAAAGUUAAAUCUUAUAUACUGUGUCUGUAUCAGUCUUAAAUUUGCACUUUUUUUAAAAAAUACUAUGAUGACCAAUUCUGAAAAAAAAAUUAAAAAAAAAAAAUCAUUAUUGUUGUAGAUUUAUAUGCAUUUACCCUAUUUGGACCUAAAGUAUUUUUUCUUUAUUAAGCUUGGCAUUUUUUCACUAUUGCCACUAUUGAAUGAUGCAGAUAUUUUAUACUUUGUUAUUUUAUUGUCGAACAGUAUAUAUUACAUAUAUUUAUGAGCAUCUCAUAUUUGUAUUGAAUGUAUUUGAAUUGGUAGAUGAAAGCAUUUUGUAUACUUUGAAUAGUGGAUUCAUUACAAAUAGCAUAAUACUCUGCAAAACAUAUCUUCUCCAGUUUUUAUGGAGUAUUACAGUUUUUAUUAAAUAUUGUGUGAAUGUUGUAGCUUUGAAAACAGUAUCAGCUCUAUUAUGAGCUGUUUAUUAAUUGUUUCAGUAAAUAAAAUAAAUAUAUUGACA